AUCGCCAUUCGCCACCACCAUCACCAUCUCCUCUCCUUCCAUCCUAACCUACCGUCAGGGAAUCACUCUUUCGAAUUUUGCGCCACCGCCGACUGAAACCUUCUCUUUCAAACACCGAUGUCGGCCGGAAACCUUCUAGCCUCCGGCAUGAUGCCGGAGUCGCUCUCUGCGUCCGGUAAGAGCUCCGAGAGGCUAAGCCUUCCGUUACUCCAAUCCAAAAUGAAGAUUGACCCCGAAGGUUACACGACGGAGCUCGGUCUCAUCUACAACCAAUUCAUCUCUGCUCUUGACCUGUUCAAGCAGCAGGCCGCUAUCAGUUUCUCUUCCGGCGCCUGCGCCGACGCCAGCAUCUCUAAGGAGCUCGGCGACCGCACUCUGUUCCUGGCUCACGUCGCGCCGUUCUACGCCAAGCAGCUCUCCCAGUUCCCCCGGCAGCUCGUCGAGUUCCUCAAGUCGUCGGCGCGGUCUCUACCGUUUGGAUUGAGAGCCCACGUUACUCAAGCUCUUAUUCUCCUAGUCAAUCGACAGAUGGUUGAAAUUAGUGAGACUUUGGCAUUGUUUAUGGAGCUUCAAACUGUGGGAGAUAGGAACUUGAGGAAAUUGGCUUUCACCCAUGUCAUUCAAAGUAUUAAGCGCAUGAACAAGAAGCAUAAGAAUGAGACCAAGAAUCGGGCUCUUCAAAAUAUCCUAUUUACAAUGUUACAGCAAGAGGAUGAAGCAUUGGCAAAAAGGGCGCUCAAUACUCUGUGCGAGCUUCAUAGGAGGAAGGUUUGGUUUGAUGAUAGAACAGCAAAUGCAAUUUGCAUGGCUUGUUUCCAUUCUUCAUCAAGAAUAAUGAUUGCCGCUCUGUCGUUUGUACUGGAUUAUGAGAAGAUUCAAGAGGAUGACGACAGUGACUGCGACGAUUUGAGCAGUGAUGAUGAGGCCAAUCCCCAAAAUGCUCAUAUUGUCAUUAGUAAAGAGGCUGUUUAUAAGGCAAAUCAUUCAGGUACUUCAGCUAGUAAGAAGAAAAAGAAAGCAAAGCUGCAGCGUGCCAUUCGUAGCAUGAAAAGGCAGCAGCGGCUGUCUUCUGAGAAAAAUAGUUCGACUUAUUAUUCACCACUUAACCAUCUCAAGGAUGCUCAGGGAUUUGCCGAGAAACUUCUUUCUCGUCUUCAGACUUGCAAUGAGCGUUUUGAGAUUAAGAUGAUGUUGAUGAAAGUUAUUGCUCGUACUAUUGGACUUCACCAUUUGAUUUUGCUGAACUUCUAUCCUUUCCUACAGAGAUAUUGUCAGAACCGACUCUCUCUUCUGCAGCCACAUCAGCGUGAAAUCACAAACUUGCUUGCCACAGCUGUUCAGGCCUGUCAUGAUUUGGUGCCUCCUGAUGCGGUUGAACCUUUAUUUAGACAAAUUGUAAAUCAGUUUAUACACGAUGGUUCCCGUCCAGAGGCAAUUGCUGUUGGACUUAAUGUCAUCAGGGAAAUAUGUGUACGGAUGCCUUUGUUGAUGACUGAAGACUUGCUCCAGGAUCUUGUGUUAUACAAGAAAGAACAUCAGAAGGCCGUUUCUGCUGCUGCUCGUUCACUCAUGGUCUUGUUCAGAGAGGUCUGUCCUUCACUUUUGGUUAAAAAGGAUAGAGGUCGACCAGUAAACCCAAAGGCAAGGCCAAAAGCAUAUGGAGAAAAUCAUGUUGCCUCUGCAGUUCCUGGAACCGAAUUGCUAGAAGGUGAUUAUAAUUCUGAUAGUGAUGAUAAAACUGACGAUGAUAGAGAUGACGAAUCUCAAUUCCAUGGCUCUGAGGAUGAUGAUGAUGGUGUGCCGGCUGCAAGUGACGAAGAGGAAGAAAAUGGUACGGAAGAUGAGGAUGGAGGAAGUGACGACGAAGAUGAUUUACUAGUCGGCUCAGAUGAUGGCGAGAGUGAGAACAGUGUGGAUGAAAAUGACAGCGAUCUUAGCAGUGAUGAAGGAGAUGAAAAUAAUAGUGAUUAUGAGAAAAUGGAUGAUGCAAAUGAUGGUGCUGAAGUAAGCAAUUCGAAGUCAAAUAAGAGAAAGCGAUCUGAUGUGGAUGAAAAACUACUUGUCUCUGGUGACUCGAGUCUCCGAGCUCUAAAAAGAUUGGCAGAAGAGAAGUUUAAACCUCAACAGGACGAAGGAGAAGACGGUAUUCUGUCUAAUGAGGACUUCCGAAGGAUUAAGCAACUGAAGGCCAAGGAGGCGGCGAAACGUGCUUUGGGUCAGCACGGCUUCAAGCAGCCAACCUCUGACCCGACAAAGCCUCUGGACCCUAGCAAGCUCGAGGCUCACAUCCGGCACAAGCUAAACAAGGAACAAAGACUUGCACUGGUGAAAGCCGGAAGGGAAGAUAGGGUUAAGUACCAGUCUCGAACUGCUAUAAAACAGAACAAGACUGGUGGCAUGAGCAAUCGACAGAAGGAGCACAAGAAGAAGAUGCCUCUGGCUGCAAAGAGACACAAGAUAGCCAAGUCUCGAGUGGAGAAGCGGAAGAAGGUCGAUCGCCUCGGUAAACAGUUCCGCGGCAGGAAAGCAUGGAAAUGAGCACGACAUGUGACAACAAUCCUGAGUUUUGUUUCCCUUGCGAAUUUUGGAAAUUUUGGUUCCUCAUUGCUAUGAGCAUCGACUAUUUGUUACAAAAACAGAGUCUUAGUCUGGAUGUCAAUCUGUACAAGUAUGUACCAUGAUCUUCAUUCAGCAUUUUGACAAGUAGGUACCAUGACCUUCAUUCCUAAACAUUUUCAAAUGAUAUCUACAAGAAUGGUAUG